GAGCAGCCAGCACAGGAGUCUGCGGGUUCUUGGCAGGAUGGCUUCGCAUCACCUGCUCCUCCUCUGCCUCGCUGGACUUGUAUUUGUAUCCAAGGCUGGUCCCGUGGGUGCUGGUCCCUCCAAGUGCCCUCUGAUGGUCAAGGUCCUGGAUGCUGUCCGUGGCAGCCCCGCUGUCAAUGUGGCUGUGAAGGUGUUCAAAAGGACUGCUGACGAGGCCUGGGAGCCCUUUGCUGAGGGGAAAACCAGUGAGUCUGGAGAGCUGCACGGGCUCGCCACAGAAGAGAACUUUGUAGAAGGGGUGUACAAGGUGGAACUGGACACCAAGUCCUACUGGAAGGCAGUUGGCAUUUCUCCAUUCCAUGAGUAUGCGGAGGUGGUGUUCACGGCCAACGACUCUGGGCUCCGCCAUUACACCAUCGCAGCUCUGCUUAGUCCCUACUCCUAUUCCACCACGGCCGUCGUCAGCAACCCCAAGGAGUGAGGGUCUUCACCUUCCAUGGGGUUAAGGAAGGGCAGGAUUGCGUUUAACCGAUAGUAUUCCGUUUGUAUUAAAGCUGGGUUCUCACUCUAUAAGCUAUGUUAGAAUCUCGGGCAGUGUUUCUAAAGCACUUUCUGAUAAAGCAUUUUCCAGUUCA